AUGGCUAAGGAGGGUACUAUAGAUCCACCGCAGUACUUUGUGGCCUCUCGUUCGAAGCUUUGUCGCUAUCCAAUCAACUUUCCAGACAUCGUUUUACCCAUGAUCACAAACUUCAAUGUAUCCUGUUUCUUAGGAGGACGGGUUCAUGCUGUUGCUAUCACAGCUGAUAUAGAUGAAGGGGUUGUAUUUUUCAGUGAUUUAGGAAUGAAAGCGAUUGGGAUGGCUACUCUCAGAGAUGGGGCACCUGUAAAGAUUAUCACGGGCGGGGUGCGGUCUGUUCAAGGUUUAGCCGUAGACUGGUUGACCAAGCAUCUAUAUUGGACAGACCAUGCAAGAGGUACCAUCGAAGUGUCUAGGUACGACGGGUCAUACCGGACCACUCUUAUCAAGGACAAUGUAAUAAAACCAAGGAGCAUUGCAAUAGAUCCAGAAAGAAAGUACAUGUUUUGGAGUGAAUUUGGUCCCCCUACUCAGAUCGAACGUGCUUCAUUGGAUGGUACUGAACGAGUUGUCAUCAUGUCUGCACCAUAUGGUGUACCAUUCUUUAUACCUACAGGAUUAGCUGUUGACACUAAAGAAGAAAGGCUGUACUACACUGAUCUGUCAACUCGAGCAAUAAAUAAGGCGGAUUAUUUCGGCAACAACAAGAGACAGCUCCUGAGGAAAAAUGGGGCCAUCUUUUUCGACGUCGCACUUUAUAAGGACUAUAUCUUAUGGACGGAGCUAGGAAGAAACAAUGGUAUCUACGCAGCUAACCGACACAGUGGUCAAAUCGAAUUAGAAUAUCACAAUCGAGGAGAGCAAGUGUAUGGCAUUACAUCCUAUGCAGAUACUCGUCAGAAGGUUAUGCAUCAUCCCUGUCGUUUCCAGAACGGUGGAUGUGACCAACUGUGUCUCAGUUCAACUUCUAGUCACAUAGGAUUUGUGUGUAAUUGUACUCUGGGAUUCUACUUAGCUGAUAAUGGCAAAGCGUGUGUGUCAGACCUUGUUCAGGACGACUUCUUUUUGGUGACGGACACCUACCGACGAUCGAUCUUUCAGGUUAGUAUAGAGUCUAACCUGGAACCUAAGGCACUCUACUUACCAAGUAUUCAGAAUCCAAUAGCAGUGAGCUUCGAUCCAAUUGAUAGGAAGGUUUACUGGAGUGAUGUAGGAUCUAAGACACUAAGCCGGGCCUCGUUGGAUGGUAACGACUACCAAGUCAUUGCAAGAGAUGCUAUUGAUCAUCCUGAUGGGAUUGCCGUGGACUCGAUCUCUAGGCUUUUAUACUGGACGGACUUUGGAACCCAUGGCUUGUCUGUAUCUCACCUCGAUGGUUCAUAUCGGAAGACAUUAAUUCAUGGUUUAGAUAAACCAAGAUCCAUUGUAUUGCAUCCAGUUAGAGGGACGAUGUUUUGGACCGAUUGGGGAGAUAAUCCUGUUAUUGAACGAGCCUUCAUGGAUGGAACUGAUCGUUCAACAAUUAUAUCUGGAUCACUAGGCUGGCCAAAUGGACUCACCAUAGACUACAUUGGAAAUCGGCUUUACUGGUGCGAUGCUCGUCUUGAAAGAUUUGAAACAGCUGACUUUUACGGUAAUGGACGGCGCCUUCUGUAUACGUUUGGAAGAGAUGUCCAUGCUUAUGAAGUUGCUGUAUUUGGUCAGUUUCUUUAUUGGACAGACUGGACAUUGCAAAGUGUACUCAAGAUGGAUAAAGACACUGGUAGUGGUAUCACGACAGUAGGUCCCAACGAUUACCUCCGACCAAAUGGAAUAUACAUGGUAUCCGCCAAUACACUGCCAUUAGGAAGCAACAUUUGUUCCAUUGAAAAUGGAGGUUGCUCAGGACUCUGCCUUCCUAUUGGAUUUGAUCGAAACUGCACAUGCGCAGAUGGAUUUGAAUUUGAUGAAGAUGGAACAACUUGUACUCCUGAUCAAGCAACUGAAUGUCCACGUGUCUUUCACAAUGGUUAUGUUGAUGAAUCUUGCGACCCUAGGCCAGGACAAAUUUGUGAUGUACAAUGCCACCGAGGGUUUUCUCCUAGAACUGAUGCUAUCGUAUGCCAGGUGUCUGGAACAUGGGAUCUUGAUGUCAACACAAUUUGCAACCGUGUAGAGUGUGAUGAUCUGGAUACGCCACCUAAUGCCAUCAUUGGACCAUGCAACCCUCCCUUCACACUAGGCAAGAUGUGUACACUAUCUUGCAGGGAAGGAUAUAUGAAUAUUGCAGGAAGUGAUAAAAUAAUGUGUGGUGAAAAUGGAGAAUGGAUCGGAACUCCAAUACGUUGCCAACAGCACGCCCGAAGUAGUGUUUCUCUUCGUUGCCAUGUCGGAUCGUCGCCUUGUAUACUUGUAUACCAGAGCCGUCUGCAUACACUUUUCUUGUAAUGGACAUUGAAUCUACGCUAACUUGGGACAUCGAAAAAAGUCAAACUUAAACCAAAGAAAAAGUGGCUUGUGCAAUCUUUGCCUGGAGGAAAAAGUGUCCAUAAUAACAAACAGAAACUCACCAAAGGUCGGAACUGAUUUCAAAGUGAAGACACCGAACGAGACCAAACCGGAAACCACAGAAGCGUCAAAUUGACCCACCGCACCACACAAAUAGUCAAUAACGUCAGUCUGCCUGGAGAUCGCCUCAAGUCCGGUGUCACUUGUUUGUUGCCUGUUUAAAACAUUAAACCCAUUUAGUUGUAAUUUAAUUGAAUAACACGGUUACAGUAACAUGAAAACAAUAAAUACCUUUUUUUAAAGAUUGUAGUUUAAUUCAAUAUUCUGAUAUCAUAAACCAGCAUACAAUGCCUAGAUUAAUAAAUACAUUCAAUUUUGAAAAGGCCUAGGGAGUUUCAUUUGCGUAAUUCUGGGCAGGAACAUAAAUAUACUGAAUUAUAAGAAAUGUAAUACGAUAACGUGUAACUUCAGCAUAUAGUAACACUUUCAGCAAAUUGAUACUAAAAUUUAUCUUUCUUUUGAAAAUAAACGUGAGUUCCGGUAUAAACUUAAUGAUUUUAAAUAUUAUAGUAAAGCCAUACUUUCUUCGAUGAAAGCGGGUGAACAAUAUCACUGGCGAACGAAAAUUAUCUUGAGUCGACAGUGGGGGGUGUAUGAAGAAAAUCAUCAGGAACACAGCAUAGUUCCUCGAUACCAUUCACUCAGAAAUGUUGAAUGUUGACAGCGAGUCCGUCGAAGACCCAAUUACAUUGGAAUUAUGUAGUGUCAUCAGGCCUAUAACUACCUUGCUUUAAUGAUAACAUUCUUCCAUAAAAACUUCAUGAUUGAUCAUGAUUUUGGAUGCUCACUACUGUAUAAUUAUUAUUAAAUCAACAUUAAAUUACAAUCUUUCCAUAAAACAGAUUUCUUCCAAAAAGAUUUAAUAUAAUAAAAAUUUUCAUAUACUCCAAUGCCAAUAGACAAUUCAUAU